CCUACAGCCUAUCGAUAAUUGUUAUAACCAAAUUGUUUUAAUUGCGGAUUUCUUGUGUUUGGCGGUGUCAGCGAAAGAGAGAUGGCUGCUGCGGCAUAUGUUUAGCGUUUCCGGAAAAUGUUUACAGUUAGCCCACCCUUGCAUAACUGAGCCCGCGUUGGUGUUGGUGGCCGCAUCCCGUAUUCCGUAUCCCGUGCAAAUCUCGCCGCUCCAUGCGGAUUCGCUUCGAUUCGAUUUCCCGUGCCAAACCGAGAUUAUUACAACGGAAUUGACACUCGGCGUAAUCUCAACGGCCUCUUUCAUUCACGCCCACCGCAUCGGCAAAAUAUAUAGCUCCCAGAAUCGUCCAGCAUUAUCUUCGAUCCCGCAAUAACUCUAGUUGGAAUUGUGUGAGUGUGUGUUACAGUGUUUCAGUGUGCGAUGUGCUAAACAGUCCGGCAAAUUUACGGAUCGAACGAAAUAAGCGAGUGAAUUGACGACUGACUGAUCUCGGCGGAUAUAUUAUGAUUGUAGCCAACCGUGCUGGGCAGUAAACUGAAACGAGAGUCCGAGUGAGUAGCAUUAGUCCUAGGAGUGGAAAAGAGGAAGGAGAGCAAGUCGGGCCAGAAAAAUGGCGCGUCACAUAAUGGCCGUUUGCGUGGUGUGCCUACUCUGUGCACACCGCCUGCACUGUCAGGAUCACAUCGAGAGUCUGCUGGGCCCGGCGCUGGUCACGACCCACAACAGCCAGGAGCAGCUGAAUGCCCGCGUCUACACGAACCUGAGUCCCUCCAGUGAAACCACCGAACGGCGACAGCAGCGAUCCGCUUCUGGCGACGACGACACCUUCAACUACAGCAUCAGCCCGCCAUCGAGAAGAGAAAAGCGCCAUGCUGGCCAUGAGCAUGGCUCCACAUCCGAAUCCCGCGUCCCGCAGAUCACCCAGUACUAUCUUGAGAAGCUAAUGGCCCAGGAUGAGCUGAUGAACAGCAGCGGAUUCGAUGGCCUACUCCAGCAGCUCAGCCUCCACUCGUUGACCAGUGGGGCAAGUGAGGGAACUUGCGUUCCUGCUAGUCGCCUUGUGCAUCAUGUCCAGCCCCACGAUCAUCACCAUGCUCAUCAUCACGAAGAUGAAGGUCACAGUCUGCAGCUGAAAAACUGCACGCUUAUCCAGAAUGGCACCACCUCCAACGUCAUAUGCCCAUCCCUGCCCAACGACAACACACAUCAACUCGGCAAAGAGGCCAAGAACUUUACGCUGAGCGAUAAGGACUUGCUACAUCUGUGUCCGAUUCUCCUAUAUGAGCUGAAAAACCAGAGCGGCGGCUGCAUAGAACCUGCUGUCUUGUCGGACAUUGAUACCACUGAAGAGCUGCUGGAAGCAGAGAAGGACAAGGAUAUAUUCUAUGUAUGGAUCUAUGCUUUUAUUUCUGUGUUUGCCUGCGGCAUCCUCGGCUUGGUAGGCGUGGCCAUCAUACCGUUUAUGGGUUCCAGGUAUUACAAGUACAUCAUUCAAUAUCUGGUAGCGCUGGCCGUGGGUACGAUGACCGGCGAUGCCCUGCUGCACUUGCUGCCUCAUUCUCUUGCAGGCCAGGAUGAGCGGGGGAUGAUCAUGAAAGGACUGGGGUGCCUGGGUGGCAUAAUCUUCUUUUACGUGAUGGAGCAUGCGCUGACCAUGAUCUCCGAGUGGCGCAAGAGCGUGGAGAAGGAGACAAAGAAACCAUCGCGGGCAAAGGUGAUGCGGGAUCCCGACUCGUCGGUAAACAAUUCCGUGGCCGGCGACAAGAUCUGCAAGCAAAAGUAUAGCUCCUAUCCAUAUUGCUACGACGAGAUCACGAUGAACAACAAGCAGAGCGAGUGGAUGCACUUGCCAGGCGAUGCAGCGGCGGGCGCUGGCGGAGAUGCUCCUUCAGUAGCGGAGCUACGUAACGGUGUGGGCGAUCAUGAUGGAUCCAAUGACAUGGCCGCCGCUGCCGAAUCCCUAUUAUCAACGCUGCACACGAACUGCGUGGAAAUGAAUCACCAUAAUCACAACCACAAGCACAAUAGCCACCAGCAGAAUCAUGAGGUCCAUGAUAGCAACACAAUUGUCACUGAUCUGGACGGAAACGCCGUGUACGCAGCAAACAAUGCAAAGGAUAAGGACGGCCGGAACGAUCAUGUAACUGUGAUCCUGCGGGAGCACGAAUCCUCGCAUCACGGUCACAGUCAUCGCCAUGGACACGUCCAUUCGCCACCGGAAACGCUGAGCGCCGUGGCCUGGAUGAUUAUCAUGGGUGACGGCCUGCACAAUUUUACGGAUGGCAUGGCCAUUGGUGCAGCCUUUGCGGAAAACAUUGCCGGCGGCUUCUCCACAUCGCUGGCUGUCUUCUGCCACGAGUUGCCACACGAGCUGGGUGACUUUGCCAUCCUAAUAAAAGCAGGCAUGUCGGUGAAGUCGGCCGUCUACUACAACCUGUUGACGGGUGUCCUGAGUUUCAUCGGCAUGAUCUUUGGCAUUGCCUUUGGUCAAUCGCAGGAUGUGGCCCAGUGGAUGUUUGCCGUGGCUGCGGGUCUGUUCAUCUACAUUGCCCUAGUCGAUAUGAUGCCAGAGAUCUCGGCCUCGCACAAAUCACUGGACCAGUUCCUGUUGCAGAUUCUCGGCAUGCUCAGCGGAGUAGGGAUAAUGCUAUUGAUUGCCCUUUAUGAGGGCGAUCUGAUGAGCGCGUUCGGCACAACGGGAGCCGCAUCACACCAGCACGCGCACUAAUAACAUAAGUGAAAUUGUAACCAACCGCAGCGAAUCUUGUAGCGUAUUAUGUGAAUUGCAGCGAAUCUUCUGUAUUAACUUUCCGCCAAGCCUAUAGGACCUCUUGAAUUAUUAUUUUUUGUGUAAUUUCAUUACAUUGUUGUUUAUAUUAUUAGUCCACAAAGUUAGACAAAACAGAACCACAGACACAGCCGGUUGGCGCUUAUCAAACGCAUUUGUUAUCCAGUUUAUGAAACACACAACCUCACACAAGCGACGCGAUUCAGCAAACUCGUUUUAUUUUCGUUCCUAAUUUUGCUAUUGAACUUCGUUCGAAUCCAUUUCACACCCAAUUUAAUGUAAGAUGUCUUGAAAUUGGCUAGGUUAUAAAGUUAUCUUGAAUUUAGAUGAUACCAUUUGAAGAGCAUGCCGAGAAAGAUGCUGUCGAAUGAUAAAGGAAGUAACAGAAAAUGGAUUGGAUCUGGAUCCCACAAUCCUCUAAUUACUGAUCUUAUACACGAAGAAAGAACCUAAUAAUUAUGAUACAUAAUAUAUAUAUAUAUAUAUAUAUAUAUAUUGUAGGAUAUGUACACGUACAUAUACUUUUUGUAUUUUGUAGUCUAGAGUGCGCACGUUUACUUUACGCGAGUUUAACAUUCUAAAUCCAAAAUCUAGGGAUGUCCACCGCUGUUAUGAUUUCUACAGUACUUAACGACUUGAACGCAUAUAAUUUCCACUUUCGGGAAAUGUACACAAAACCCAUUUAAGCUUAAUUUAUAAAAUAAAUUGAAAAGAUUAUUAUAUUGCACCAUCAUGCAUAAUUUAGGUUUUCGCUACCCUGUAGCGUCUUCGUUUAAUUAUGAUUUUGUAAUAAACCAAGCUAGAACAAAGACUUUGAUUUUGUUUUUAUGGAUUUGAGUUGUUUUUCUUUUGAUUGCGCACACAACUAACACGAAAGUGAUUGUGAUUCAAAAUGAGUAACUAACAUUUGUAAAAUGGCGCAACUUGCGGCACGAUCGCCCCUAAUGACUAUCCCCCACACACCGAUCUGCACACAAAGCUAUCACUUGUGUAAACUGAGCAACUAACAAUAUUUUAUGAAGCCCACACUAUGUGCUACCGAGGCAUUAAAACCUAUAUUAAUUCUAGCUGUAAGCUCUACGAAAACUACAAACGGUAGGAAACCAGAGACAAAGAAUAAAGAUGUAAACAUAUAUACA